GCUAUAUAAAUAAAAUUGCCUUGCCUUGCCUUGCCUUGUUAAUGGUUCCUCCACGCCUUCAGCGUCGCUCCCGCGCACUUUAGCUUAACCACGCCCACGUACAGGACAAACAACAUGGAAGCCCGAUAGGUAACAUAUCUAGCCGCAUGCAGCAGAGUACAAAUAAUAAAAACAGAACUCGCUGACAGCUGUUUGAAAGUAGUUGUUUCAGACUUGAACAUGGAGCAGAGUCAAGAGGGGUCCAGUAAAGAACCCACUAAGACCUGGCGUUUUCGGCGCACCACUAUCGCCCGUCGGGAGUUUCUGGAUGAGGUUGGAGACCUUUUGCAAGUCUCCAAACCAGCACCCAGUCGCCGUGGUGGCCGCCAGCCAAGGGGCCGGACCAGGCAGGUCACUGAGACCUCCCCAACACCGACGAGUGAGAGGGGCAGGAAGAGUUCCCCUGAUGCAUCCUUCACUUCCGCCAGUACCGAGACUACAACAGAGACAAACAGUGAGGCUGCAGGCUUGCAGACAUCAGCAAUGUCUCUAGAAGGGUGUGAGAAGAAAGUGUCUUUUGAGAACCGCCCUUUGAGUGAGGGGACAGAGGACAGUGACGAGAUCACUCUGAAAGAGUAUGCAGAGAGGCUUAAAAGACGCAAGCAGCUAGAAGAGAAAAAUAACACUAGUAGGGCAGAGCCAGAAACAACAUCCAGAGCAAAUGAAGUGAAAAGCCAGGUUAAAGAGAAUGACACAUCAACAGAGGAUGAGGAAGUACCUCUUAGACAAACAGGUAAGCCUUUAGUCGAAAAGUCUCUGGUCAGUGGCGGAUCGUCACACCCUAUCCAUAUUAACAGCAAAGAUAGCAUGCUGGCCAAAAGAAGCCAGGAAAUGGCCAGAAGCCUGCAGAAAACUGCUUCCAAGUUCCAAGACACUGCGGAUGAGGAGGGAGAGAGUAAGGAGGAUGAAGCAGAGGGGGAAGAGUCACCUGAAGGAUGUGAGAGUGAGGAUACAGACCCAGAUGCCGUGUAUUGCCUUUGUCGACAGAAACAUAACAAAAGGUUCAUGAUCUGCUGUGAUCGCUGUCAAGAGUGGUUUCAUGGGGACUGUGUGGGUAUCUCAGAAAAGCGUGGUCGUCUCAUGGAGAACAAUGGGGAGGAUUACAUCUGUCCAAACUGUAGCCCCUGCGCCAGUCCUGUACCCUUCCAGAUUGUGCAGACUACCCUCCCCACUGCUGGGAUGUGCUCUUCAUCUGAGAGUCUCAUGUCGCCGUCUCCUUGUGAAGAUAGACCCAGCGAAGAUGAAGGCAUCAAGGGGAAGAUUAGAAAAGCUAGCAGCGAAGGAGCUAAGAAGAAAUUUAAAAUAUUCCAGCCGGGUGUGAUGAGGGCCGUUGUGGAGGAGACUCUCCCAAAAUGCAUUGGGGCUGGCUGCACUAAGAGUGCUUUACCAGACUCUGUGUAUUGUGGCCAUGAAUGCAUCCUCCGGCACGCUGCGGUAGCCAUGAAGUCUCUCUCGGUGCAAAAACCCCCCAGGCCAGAGCCUCAACCAGAGGCUAACCCAACACCAAAACCACUCAGUAGACCAACCAUUCUCUCAGCCCUAAAGGCCCAGAUGAAGCCUCUUCUCGGGAGGGUGGCCCGGAAGAGGUCAUCAGGACAGCAGGUUGAGGGGGAAGAUCAUAGUGCGGCCCGCGAUGGUGCAGAUAAGGAGAAAGAGACUGCUGUGCUGCCCAGCACCCAAACUGAGGCAGCGAGGGCACAGCAGAGUUCUGCCAUAGACGCAUCAGUUUUUUACAAGUCCAAUAAAAAAGCAGCUCAGAACACAGACAAUAACACAGAAACAGAUGGCCUUGGGAGAUCCAAAUCACUCUCGGAGGUGAUGGCCAAACGGGGACACACUCCACCUGCAAACACAACUACACUGGCAGAUUUCAAUUUGCUGCCUCUGAAGUCCAAGCCAACACCUCAGUUGGCAUCAGUCUCGGACUCAACUGCAUCCAGACAGCAACCCGCAGGUGGACACCAAGUCGUCAAGGCUUUGUCUCUACUUCCCAAAAAAUCACACGAACAGUCACCUCCCUCCACAUCUCCCUCUUCCCCUACAUCUGCCUCAGUCAUAGCCUCCAGGCCUCAGCAGGAACCUCCAGCUCCUCAAAUGCCCUCAGAGCAAAAGCCUAAGCCUAACAACCAGAUCAGGCUAAAUAUCCGCCGCUCCCUGACAGAUAUUCUCUGGAAAAGGGUAAAUGACAGUGAUGAUUUAACAUUGCCGGAAAGUGAAGUUGGAAAUCUGGCUGUGAACAUUGAGAAGGCAUUAUACAACAUGUUCCUUGCAACUGACAGCAAAUACAAGAAUAAGUACAGGUCGAUCAUGUUUAACCUGAAAGACCCUAAAAACAAGGUGCUGUUCCAUCAGGUGAUAAAAGGAGAGAUCUCUCCAUCAAAGCUAACUAGCCUAAGUCAGGAUGAAUUACUGGCCAGGGAACCAUCAUCACCAAAUAUCAGUCAAUUUACUGAGGCUCACCAGAGCAUUCCUGAGACGGGGCCCGUGAAACGAGACUUAAAAGAGGAGUCGUCCCCUAGUGUGGCACCCAAUAAGACCACACAGUUGUCUGGUGUAGCAGUAUGCAAGUCAGAAGGCACACCAUUGCUCUCUGUACCCUCUCAAGAUGAUCAAGCAAAAUCUGGGAUCAAGCAAAAUCAAUCAACCAAAAUGCAGUCGGUUCCAGACAUAUUCAACAGCAUGCUGAAGGAUACAACCUCAGAGCACAAGACGCAUCUUUUUGAUCUGAAGUGCAGGAUCUGCACAGGUCAGAUUUUAGCUGAUGAGGAUGAGCCUGGAUCUAAGAGGCUGAAGAAAUCUGAGCCAGAUGAUAAACGGGAGACAUCUCACAAGGGGAGGCCACCAAAGACGAGCCGUGUUGCAGAGAGAAGGACAGCACCCACCGCGCCACGUGUCGAAUUGCCAGUCAUGGAAUCCCCUGCCUCCCCUGUACCUGAGGACACUCAGAAUGCUCGGGAGGAGUCCUCAGACUUUACCCCCAUUGUGAUACCAGAGGUGUCCAUUGUGUCCAUCACAAGACAGGACCCCCGCACUGCUGGCUUCCGUCCUGCUGCCAAACCCAGCGCACGCCAAGCUGUCACUCCAUCCCCAUCUCCAACACCCAUAAUCAAUGAGCCCAAACAAGUCCAACCACCCUAUCCACCUCCUCCACCUACUGUCCCGAAAUCCAUCCUGACAAAACCCUCUGGAUCGUCUGUCAGAUUGUACUCCACCUCGCGUACACCCACUAGCGUGGCGUCCUCUCAACCUCCUCCGGACAAAGACACACGCCAAUUUCUACAAAGACAGGAGACUAUAUGGAAAGGAUUUCUGAACAUGCAAUCAGUUGCUAAAUUUGUCACAAAGGGUUAUCUGGUCUCAGGAUCUUCCAAACACCUGAAUGAGGACAUACCAGACACUAUUCACAUUGGAGGUCGAAUAUUGCCCCAAACAGUGUGGGAGUAUGUGGAGAGAAUAAAGACAUCUCUCUCUAAAGAUUUGUGUUUGAUCCGUUUCCAACCGGCUACGGAUGAGGAAGAAGUGGCGUAUGUGUCCCUUUUUUCAUAUUUCAACAGUCGCAGGCGCUUUGGUGUGGUUUCCAACCACUGCGUUUACAUCAAGGACUUCUACCUCAUUCCUCUUGGAGCCCAUGAGUCUGUCCCCUCACUACUGCUGCCACUUCAAGGACCAGGGUUUGAAAAGAAUAGGCCGAAUCUGCUCCUUGGCCUGGCCAUAUGUCAGAAACCAAAGACUCCUGAAGCUUUGGCGGAAGAGGCUAAUGAGAAGAGAUCCAAAACUAAGAUUGCUUCAGAAUCAUCUAAUGGUGGUUUUCCCACUGCAAAAACAGCCUCCACAAGUGUGAAACCAAAUGACUGGCAACCCUAUGAUCCAGAGAUCCCGAUCAGUACAACCCCACCUGGAUCUCCUGAGUCCUCUUCCUCAGGCUCGGUGUCAUCUCCAUCUGAUUUAGCUAAUACUGUUCUGUCCAUCAUUAAAGCACCUGCUGCUGUUGGCUCCAACCCAAUCAGUGACUCAGCUCCCUCAACUAAUAACAAUCCUCUGCAAACCAUUCUUAAAACCUUGUUUGGGAAGAAGGGGGAACCAUCUGGCAAUACAAUGGAUUCUCCUGAACAAAGCGCCUCAGUAGACAUAAAGCCCUCAGCCCCAACUACUGCAAAUGUUGAUCUGAUUGUUCAAAAGUAUGGACAUAUUUCCAAAGAUGUUCCAAUAGAGAAAAGUGAGAUAAGUAAAGAUGAUGAUAGACCAUAUGAUCCAGAAGAGGAGUAUGAUCCAGAAGUUGAGUAUGGGAUGUUAAAUAAGACCAGCACGAUCCCAGUGAUGAAGGAGGAAGUAGAUAAUGAGGAUGAUAGACCUUAUGACCCAGAGGAGUAUGAUCCAGCAAUGGGUUAUGGUACAGAUAAUCCCAUGAGCCCAGUCAAAACAUCUGAAGAUAAAACUGUAGUACAGCAGCCCACAAUCGAGGAUGAUGUCGCCUAUGACCCAGAGGACAGCACUUUCUUCGAGGAAAUGCAAGCUGACAUUGUUGGCAUUUCAGGUGGAUCCAGUGGCACUGUAGUAUUAUCUGAACAACAGAGAAUGCUGCUGGAGUUGAACCAGCAGAUUGAGGAGCAGAAACGUCAGCUGGAAAAACAAGAAGAGGCAUUGUCUUGGCAAAGAGCAGCAGCAGGGAUGUCAAUGGCUCACUUUUCUGUCUCCGAUGCUUUACUUUCUCCUCCUAGAACUUCCUAUCUGUCCCAGUGUGAUUUGUUACAACUUGCAGAAAAGCAGAGCACAAAUACUGUUGAUCUGCCAAUUAUUAAUAAGAGGAGGGACCCAAGGCAGAAAAGAGAAGCUAGGUGUGUAGAGAAUAACCUGCAGUUGGACACUGAGCAAGGAAACAAAAGUACACUCUUAGAAUCAUCAAAGUCAGAAUCCAUACUACCAGAGAAGUCCUCACUAAUUACUGACAAACAGACAUCUAAACAAGGGUCUCCAGUAUCUACCGAGAACAGGAAAAUAAACACAGAGAAAACUAACCCAAAAACGCCACCACCUGAGAAAGUAGCUAAAAUACUGAGUGAUGAUAAAAGUUGUGUCAAAGUGUCAAAAACAGAGACACAUACUAAAGCAAAAAGUCUCAAAACAGAGACACCAGAGAAAUCCGAUGAGGCUCCUCGUCAUUCACGUCAUCAUAGGUCUCACCGUGAACUACACCGAAGAUCCCGAGGAGAUUCUCAAGAUUUGUCAUUAAGGAAAAGACAACGUACAGGUGAUAGUCAUGGAGUGAGGCCCUCUCAGCUUUCAUCAGUCAAUGUCAAACAAACGGACAAUGACAAGCAUCAUCACAGAGAACCGUUUGAACACAAAGGUCAGAACAGUUCAUUUAACAAACAAACAAGUAGACGGAAACAGAGAUGGGAAAGCCCAAGAGAAUUUGAGACGGGUUCAGAGAUGGCACAAAGAGGUGCCAGCUUUUCUCAUCAUGGCGAACAGGGAGAGCCUGCCCCAGAGGAUCAGUUCAAGGAACGAGGUCCCUGUCAAAACACAAGACCACGAGGACCCCCUUCAGGACAGUUUAGUGACUAUGACAGUCAAACACAGCACUCUUUUGACAGACCAUUUCACUCAAACCAGUAUGAUGGUCCUCAUCCAGCACCGCAUCGUCCAGGACCAAGAGGUCCUUUUGGACAACCUCCUCGGGGAGCCUUUGAAAACAGAGGGCCCAGAACUCCACGAUCUGGACCACGAGGGCCACCCUUCAGGCCGUUUGAUGUCAGCCUCGGUCCCAGAAUGCCUCAAGUUGAUGCACCUUGGAGAUCAAACAACAACAGUGACUUUGAUACUGGCCGUUCUUUUAAUGAAAAUGACGAACCUGUUCCCCCGUACAUGUUCAGAGAAAAUCAAGGAGACUUUUCUUACAGUGGUGCCCCCACUGAGCAAUCUGAAAUACACCGGGGUGAAGAUUUAGAAAGGGGCAUGCAGAGAACACAUUUUACUCCUCCAAACAGAUUUAAUGAGCAGAGUGAACAUAAUACUCUAGGAGGAACGAGUGGGCCAGAUUUUUGCCGAUCAGGCCAAAAUGAGGAUUUCCAAAGCAGACAAAUGGUCAAGAACAGGAGAGCUUCUUUCCCUGAUCCCCCAGAUACAUCUUCAAAUCCAAGAGCACCUCAGCACAGACACACUUUUGAAGAACAAAGUCCUCCUUAUCCUCUUGAUUACCAAAGCCCAAGAAACUGCCCCCCAUUUUCCAGACCAAUAGUUCACACUUCAGGACAGUUUAUAGAAGGUAAAGGCCAAUCAAGUUUGGGCUUGGACAAGCCAGAUCAUCAGUUUGAUGCACCGCCUCGACGGCACUCAGGCCCUUUGCUGCCAACUCCUCCAGGGGGUCCCACUGGACUGUUUAACCCCACAAUGCACCAUCCUCCAAGCCAAGAAAAUCCUUGGCCGCCACAGAACUCCUCUGGAAGAAGAGGAGUUGGUUUUGAAAGAGAGGCUUCUGGAUCAGAUCAUGCAGGAAUCGGUCAAGACCACUUUGAGGAAGGUUACCAACAGAAUCACAGAGAGAGUGAAGAUCCCUCAACCUACCUCUCACAUGAAUACAUCAGAGAGCAGUCAGAGGAGAGGAGGAUGUCUGAUGGUGGUUUAAGUAGACAGAGGCAGAGGAGGCCAUGGCCUAGGGAGCAAGGCUGGAAAAGAGGUCUCUCAAGUGGGAGAGGGGGUGAUCAGUAUAAAGAAGGAGACACAGGAGAGAGUGAGGGUGAAACAAGGAGGGCAAGGGGUGGAAGAGAUCGAGGUUUUGACAAAAGAGAUGCCAAGAGAGCAAGAACAAGUAACAGGGACCGUGACAGAGAUUCUCACAGCAGUGGUCAAGAGGACAGGAACCAGAGUUUUCAUGAGAUAACAGGGGGCAGAGAACAAAACGAUGGGAGAUUUAAGGGCUUUGGUAGAAAAAGGAUCAGAGGCAGAGAAAGAAAUAGAGAAUGAUCCUGAAGAUUUAAAAAGACAGAUCAAGGAAGAAGCCAGGUUAGAGCACAAGAGCACAAUGUGUUUUUUCUCAUAUUAACAUAUCAGUUGAUACUUCUUGAGUUUUGUGUACAUAUUUCAUAAUAUUCAAUUCCGUAAAGUUGCAUGUUUUGUAUCAGACAAGUUUCAGUAAUAAUGCAUUUGCGAAAAGGAUUUGUCAGCACCGAACCAUUGUGCCCUGAAUAAUAUGCAGGAUUCAAAAUUAAACUGUGCUGUUGCAUACAGAAUCCAUUUACCAUUUAUACACAUUUUUGUGUUAUUUACACUACUACCUUUUCUGUUAUUUUCUGUUUAUUGUCAAUUUUCAAACUAAGAAAAACUGUUAUAUGUUUUUUUCUUUUUUAGUUUCUAAGAGAAGCCAUUAUAAACCAUACUGGUUUAAUUUGGUGGUUUAAAACCUUUUUAGUGAGGAGACAAAGCAUUGAUAGCAAUUCAAAUUAUGCUUUAAGUUGUGUCCUCGAUACCCCUGAUAAAUCAGAUCUGAUGUAGCUGAAAAAUAAAA